UAAACCAAAUUAAAGGGAGACACACAAGAUUUGUACACGCAAGGUCGUGUCCCCAACUGCGGGGUGAUAGUUUCUUAUUUUAGGGCAAAGAUGAUGUCCAUAGCCGGCCGUUCAGGGGCUCUUUCCCUGUAUUCGCAGGCAACAAAACACACGGUUAAAAGCCUGGUUUUCCCCGGAGCUAAGGAUUUGGUGUCUGCUGCUGCUCCUGGAGCAGUCCGCCUUGGCCAUACAGACAUCAAGAUUCCUGACUUCACAGACUACCGUCGCCCCGAUGUUGUCGACCCCAAUAAGUCGUCCCAGGAGAGCGGUGAGGCAAGAAGGACCUUCUCCUACCUUAUCACUGGAGCGUCCACUGUGGUUGGCAUCUAUGCAGCCAAGACAGUGGUCAGCCAGUUCGUCUCUUCCAUGAGUGCAUCAGCUGAUGUCCUGGCUUUAUCCAAGAUUGAGAUCAAGCUGGGUGACAUCCCUGAAGGCAAAAACAUGACCUUCAAGUGGAGAGGAAAGCCCCUGUUUGUCCGUCACCGCACAGAGAAGGAAAUCAGUGCAGAGGAAGCUGUGAAUAUCGGAGAGCUGCGUGACCCCCAGCACGACAAGGAUAGAGUGGUUAACCCUAAGUGGGUCAUCGUCCUUGGUGUGUGCACCCAUCUGGGUUGCGUGCCCAUUGCCAAUGCUGGAGACUUUGGAGGGUACUACUGUCCUUGCCAUGGCUCCCACUAUGAUGCUUCAGGAAGAAUAAGAAAGGGACCUGCUCCUCUGAACCUGGAGGUUCCCUACUAUGAAUUCCCUGAUGAUGACACUGUCAUUGUUGGAUAAAUACUGUAACUCUGUUGCAGUUCCUCUCUGUAAUAUGUAUUUUUAGAUGGCUCUGCGAAAGGGUUGGGGGUGACAUACAAUAUGCCUAUGUACUAAUAAAGAGAUAUUUCCAACUGUA